AUGGCUAACAUUCUCACUCGAACGACUCCUCGUCGGCUGUUGAAUCGAGGCCUCUCCUUCGUUCAUUUUGAAAAGCCGGGACUCCGGGGAUUUGCAAGUGCAAGCCUUUUACCGCAUAUCCAUGCCAGUGAGGUUGGGGCAUCUCAGAACGCAGAUCAUGUCCAGCAGGUGAACCAACACCUGAAGGAUCGCGGCAUUAUCAAAAUAAGCCUUCAAUUUGAAGAUGAAAACAGCACAUAUCUAGAACAACUCAUUCGGCAACUGAAUAAAAACCACGAUCAUGGACUACCAAUCACUCACAGCGCCUCACGAGGCUGGUUUUGGGACGUUCGCCCUCAACCGGCUGCUCUAGCUGCGGCUGCUACCACCAACCAGGCUCGCUCCGAAACCAUGAACAACUUCCCCUGGCACACUGAUUGCAGCUAUGAAGAGUCACCACCGAAGUAUUUUGCAUUGCAAGUACUUCGACCCGACCAGUGUGGAGGCGGCACCCUUUCUGUCCUUGAUUCUACACGUCUGAUGUCCCUCCUGUCCCCUGCGGCGCGAAACACACUUUCCAAGCCCGAGUUUCGUAUCACCGUACCACCCGAGUUUAUCAAGAACGAAAAUGACACACAUAUUGUCAGCAAUGUGCUAUGGGUGGAUGAGAAAUUGGGAAAGGCUCAGCUGAGGUUCCGCGAAGACAUCAUCGAACCGCUAACGCCACGCGGAGAAACAGCGCUCCGAGAGCUGCAGCAUGUUCUGGAAAGCGCCAAUACCCAGCAAGAAGUGCUGAAUCUUACCCCAGAUAUGCUACCACGAGGAUCAAUUGUGGCGAUGGAUAAUCGGCGCUGGUUGCAUGCGCGAAAUAUUGUUCGUGACCCGAACAGGCACCUUCGCCGUGUCCGAUGGGAUGCGCGGCCUUUCAACGCAAUGUAA